UUUUUUCUUCUGGGUGUGCCUCUGCUCUGUAACUUGAGAGCCACAUGACCAAUAGGAAGACAAACAAACUCUGGAAGUUAGGGUAUUUCUUCCGCCAACUUUUUGAGUUUUGCUGUGUUGUAAGCGGAGCAAAGGAGCAGGCCGCAGUCCAACAACACUGAAACAAACGAAUCAGUCCAAGAGACAUCAGCAAAGAUGGCAAACCAGCUACAGAGGCUUGUAGCGGAAAGGAAGGAUAUGGUGGAGACCGUGAUGGAUGUCUUUGAACAGGGGGCUGAAGUGGUGGCCAGCAUCGCCGGCGACCUUUUCCCCAUUUUCUCCAUCGCUGCUCCAAUUGUUAGACUGGCUCUGGACAAUGUGGAAAGCAAAGAAGCUGUGUUCAUGAAGGAGCAGUUUCAGAAGGUUCGAGAUCGUCUGGAGGUGAUAUCAGAGGAGAUUCAGCAGAUCAACGAUGAGAUCAAGAAGAGCGGAUUGGAUGCUGUGUACUUCCCAAUAGAGGAGAACAUCACUAACCAGUUCAGGAAGUACAUGGACAUCCUCAACGCCAAACCCAAGUUCAGGGAGGUCAAGAAAAAGCUUUUCCUGGAUCAUUUUGCCAAGAGCGACGGUGACAAAAACCUUAUCACCCUCUACAACUCUGUCACAGGAGAUAACUUCUCUGGGGAAUCUGUGCUGGAGAUCACCCUGAACUACGAGGAGAAAAGUCGCCGGCCGGUUGAAGACUUCUGCGCCAGACUAAAGAAACUCUUCUGCGUCGGGCUCAUCGCACUUCUGGGCCACGCCGCUCUGAAGGGAUACGACGAGGAAGACGCACUUCUGAAAGACUGGGGUGAGAAGAUGAAGACUGUCCAGACUAAAAUGAAUGCCGUGAUCGAAGACUGCAUCGUCAGCUUCCCCAAACAGGCUGAGAGUGAUAGCUGUCGUUUGGUGCGUGACGAGUCAAACCUAACCAACCAGCAGCUUGCUGACGCCAUCAUAGAGAAACUGAAGAAGAAGUAUGACUGGGUGGGCUGGUCCGUGCGUGUAUUCAAGUCCCCUUCAGGCCUGUUCGCCAACAAGAAGGAUUACCACUGCCCCACAGGGAAGAGUCGCUUCCAGAUCCCUUCAUCGGACGAGAAGCUCAACGUCUGGGUGUCCUACAGCUCCUCGCCCGAGCCUGUGGACAAGAAUCACAUCCAGCAGCUGAUCCAGAGUCAGAAGAAAGUCACCACAGUCAGUGUAUCAGAGGUCCUGUUUGAGAAGUUGCCCGGCGCCUGCGUGGUCCACACGGUCAAAACCAGCAAAGACCUGGCCUGCUCCUGGAGCUUCUCAGGUGACCUGCACUACUGGGAGGAGCACAAAAACUUCUACGUCGCCGUCCACUCGGCCUGAAGCUUUAGAUGGUGAAAAAGACUCUGAAAAGUCAGUCAUUCUGUGAUUGUUGGUUACUUCAUAUUAACAUGGAUAAUCAUAGUCUAUGCCUCUCUGCCUGGCCUUAGCAGUGAAAUACUACAGAGUAUAUGUGCCUUAAUUGAAUCUCUCUAUUAGACUUUUUUUACUGACGAAUUCCCUUUUUCAAAAUGUGUAGCGCUGAUGGUUUCUUGCAUCAUAUCAAGUACAAAUGUGCCUUAAUUGGGAUCUUCAAUCCGUAUGGAACAAUACAAACCCUCUGACCCUUGAUUUGGAGAAGGAUUGGAAAUGAUUUAAUGGGGAAAAAAUAAAUAAACCUCAGGGAGGAUUCCUCUUCCAGGACUGACAGAAAUGCAAUAGCUUUCAGAUUAUUUUACUAAGAAUAAUGACCUUUUUGUUACAAUACAGCUGUGUUUUGUUUAUUUCUCAAAGCGGACGAAUGAGCUCAUCCCUUUUGUUUAGACUGUAUCAUAUCCCAGUUUCUCUUUUCGUUAGAAAAAACGUGAUAUGUCAAUGUUAAUUUCAGGAGGUUGUUUUGUUUUGGGGGAAGUUGUUGACCUAGAAUCCAGCUGUCAUACAGAGAUUAUGUGUCGCUGGUAGUGAUAAGGCUUGACCUCGCCUUCUUGAGGACAAACACAACAAGGCUGUGUGAGAAAAAUGUCUCAAAAAUGUACAGAGACCGUGACAGAAACCUUAUUAUUGAUUGCAUUUCUACUCAUCUGAUUAAAAAUAACCCUUGUUGCAAGAGACAAGGCCUCGAACAACAUGAACUCAUGAAACUUUAUUUACACACCCUGCCAAGGACAUGCAGAGGCAUAGUGACGGCAAUACUUUGAAUACAUACAGAUGCCUACUAUAGCUAUUCUUGGGUGGUUAGGGUUAGAUUUCAACACUAUGCUGGGAGAAUAUAAUUAUGUCACAGAGACACCACUGACUUGUUCUAAUUGUUGCAUAUUAUUUGUUUUACAUUGUAAACCGCUGUAAUCUGUGUGUUUCUCCUUUGUUGUGUGUUAUUUUUUCACCAAUAAAUGUUUUCGAACAUUGGAUUUGACCAACACAUGCCCUGUAUUUACUUUAGUAUUGAUGAUGUUCUAUUUUAUACAAUUUCUUUUUCCAUACAGUUUAUUCCGAGUCUUAUAUUCAAUUCCUGUUGGUACACCAAAGCAAUGAAUGUAAUAAAUCUUCCAAAUACA